AUGUCUGUCUCGCGUAAACUUACCCCGUCAUCCUUUGAUGUAGCUGUUUUGGCUAAAGAGCUUUCGGCUAUUCUGGUUAAUACACGCCUUAAUUCUGUUACAAAUCUCUCCAAGACCACCUAUCUUCUUCGGUUUCAUGCAUCCACUACAGUCAUUGAUCAGUGCCAAACAAAGAAUCAGACACUAAUAGAUACAUACUCGAAGCCGUCAAUCAUAAUAGAGCCGGGGUUUUAUAUGCAUGCUACACGCUUUGACUGGAGCAAGGCGAUACCGCCUACGGCGUUCUCAAAUAGGCUCAGAACAGAAAUAUGCAAUAUGAUAUGCACAGGAGUCAGUCAGUUCUACUUUGAUCGUGUAAUCAUCCUGGAGUUUAGCCGAUAUAACAGCGACUUGAAAAGAUACUUGAUAGUUGAGUUGUACGGACGCGGAAAUUUGAUUUUGACAGAUGAGGCUUAUAAGGUUCUGGUAACACAAUCCAAAAUGCCUGGGCAGCACGUGGGUGGAAACUAUUUUAGUAUGCAUGGAGAUGAUCGCGUUAUUCUUAUGGACAUAGAGAAGCUCUGCACACUUGAUCACUUCAGACAAAUCAUUGCCAAAGCCAGCAAGCAGAAGGGCCAGAAUGCAUCUUUUCGCGCGGCGCUUGCAAAGGACUUCUUUCUUGGCGGAUCUGCAUCGGCCAUUGUUCUGCGGGCAGUUAAUUGCAAAACUAGCAUCAAGGCAAAAGCAGUCCAAGAGGACGAGCAGCUUGUGAUAAAGCUUUGGAAGGUUUGCGAAGGCGUUCUGAAAUGUCUUAUUGAGGCCGCCAAAUCAUCUUUUGAUUCUCUCUUAUCAAAAGGAUAUAUCUACUUUUAUCGGGAGGACGAGUUGGCCAUCGUUGACACGGGUGAGGGGGACUUGGAUGAUACUAUCAUGACCGCUAUACGUGUAGCAGAAUAUCAUAUUUUUGAUAUACGCUCCAUCUACCAGGAGGGAGCGCUGUACAGAGCCGAAGAUAUAAGGGAGUAUGAGUCCUAUAACAAGACCUUGGAUGAAUAUAAUUCUUUCUUAGUGACUGCAAGGGCUUAUCAAAAUAGAGCUCAACUGAUUCAAAAGGCCAAGUCGACAAUAGCUCAUGCACAAGACACGACAGAGGACCGCAUGGCCUCUCUGCUCAACUCAGCGACACAGAAACGCCUUUUGGCGGAGUGCAUUCUUUGGAAGGCCACUGAGAUUGACUAUCUCACUAAACAAAUGGAGUUCCUCUUUAAGACUGGACGCAUUACAUGGAACGAUGUCAUCGCUUGGAUGAAUUGUGGUAGUACGGACAUCCCGCUUUUGGAGGCUAUUUCUUCAAUAGAUGUAGUCCGGAAGCUUGUUUCUUUUAAUAUAUCUAUUUUUGCAUCUGAUAUUCAUAAUAUGUGCUACACGGAUUGUACACCAUUCUUAGCCCUAAGCAAAUUUAGAGCAACAGAAAAGCAAGGGAUCUUAGAUUUAGAGGCUAGUAAUGAGACCGAAGACAAUAACGAGCAGCAAGUGUGCGGCUCGUGUGGAGAUACUAAGAUAGUGUCAGAUCCCACGGAACCCAUAGUUAUCUCUGUAGAUGUUCCCUUUAAGGGAGCAGCAGGAACCACCGCUCACAUAAUAGCUAAAACACUCUUCGAGGCAGCAAAAGCUGCAGAGGAGAAGUGUAAGAGAACCCUCGGGCACUCAUCAGCCUACUUUGAUAAAGUAGAAAAGAAGGCUACUGCGGAUAUAGAUAGUGUUAUGAAAGAGACUGAUGCAGAGCUAAUCGCUCUGCAGCAUCAGCGAUCACCACUCUGGUUUGAAAAGUUUCACUGGUUCUUUAGCACUGAUGGAUAUCUGGUUUUAUCGGGCAGGGAUGCUCAAUCCAAUGAGUUGCUGGUUAAAAAGUUCAUGUCAUCAAACGAUAUAUUUGUCCACUCUGAAGCUCAUGGAGCAGCCUGCACCAUCGUCAAAGCUCCUCGACUUACCACCACAGAUAUACCUCAGCAGAAUACGGUCUUAAGAUGGGUACCUCCAGUGCAGACAAUGCUGGAAGCUGGGGCGUUUACAGUUAUUCAUAGUAAAAUGUGGGCACAGAAGGUCGGGACACAGUCUUACUGGGUGUAUGCGGACCAGGUCUCUAAGACAGCCCCGGCCGGCAUGUAUAUUGGAACGGGAUCAUUUGUCAUACGUGGAAAGCGAAACUUCAUCCCCCAACAGCCCCUAGAACUGGGUGUGGCACUUUUGUGGAGGUACGAUACUGCAAAUGUCAUGGAUCCGGCCUCAGAGGCACCGCCGCCAUGGCAGGUAGCAUAUAGCGAUAAAAAUGAAUCCAUAAUCUGUACUACGGAAGACGCAGGGCAGACAGUUGACGAGUCCGGUAAGCUCUUGGUUCUUAGCACUCAAAAGCAGAAAUCUCAGGUUACCACUGCGGAGCAAGUACUAAAAGACAGCAACAAGGAUGAGAGAAAGCGACUCCAAAAGGAGCGACAAGCCAAAAUCAGGGUACAGAAGCAGCAAGCGAAGAUAAAGCGCCUCAUAUCAGAAGGUCGUUUGGAAGAGGCUGAAAGUUACAAGAAAAUGAUAUCGGCUCAGCGAGGUGAGGAUUCCCAGGACGAUACCGGGGAUGAGGGAAGUAUCUGUUCUUCGGACUUUUGUUGUCUCUGUGGCAUUCUAGGUCACAAUAAGAACACCUGUACUACCAGCUCUAUGAGUAAGGACUAUAAGACUCUAUUUGACGCACACAUUUCGCCUGUAUUAGCCACUAUGUGGAAAAGCGUCGCUUCUAUUCCGCCGUUUACCUAUACUACUGGUGACACAGUUAUUCAUUCAGGUGAGGUUUUGUUAGAAGAAGAUCAAGACGGCUUUCAAAAGCAUAUCGACAAGGGCAAUGGGGAGCAAAACGUGACCUCGCUAAGCGUGUCUGCUAUGAUUAGCACGAAAAGGCCUGCCGAGGGUGAGCUGCCAGGAUUGGUUGUUAUGAUAGCUCCUUAUUCUGUAGUGGAGCGCUUCUUCGGUGUCAUUCGAAUAAUUCCUGGUGACAUAACAAAGGGAAAGACCCAUCGUUUAGUGCAGAAGAUGCUUUUGGAUGACAAGGGAUUGGAGCUCUCCCGCUACGAGCAGCUCUGCAUCAAGCAGAUUCCAGAGCACGCCAUAGUACUAGGGAUACCAGGGUCUAUGAACGUCCAAUCUUGUAAAACAAAGAAAUAA